GAAGGCUGUCUGUUCAUUUUCUGCUGGAUUUUGAAUGAGUUGAUCUGCUACAGAGCAGAUACCAGUAACAGACUGUUCCGUGCACAACAAACGCAAAGAUGGCUGCACAAAUAGACCCUACGGAAGAGCCUCGUGUAUAUCAGCAAACCUUACUACAAGAUGGACUUUAUGACCUCUGGGAGAAUGACAAGCUAGUGGACUGUGUUCUAAAAAUUAAGGACAGGCAAUUUCCAUGUCACCGACUAGUGCUGGCAGCCUGCAGCUCUUUCUUCAGGGCUAUAUUCCUGUCUGAUCUUGAGGAGAGCAAGAAAAAGGAGAUCGUGCUGAAUGAUGUAGAACCAGAUGUUAUGGAGAUGAUCCUCAAGUACAUCUAUACUUCAAACAUCAGUGUAACGGAACAGAAUGUUAAGGACAUCUUCAUGGUGGCCAACAUGUUCCAAAUUCCCUCCAUAUUCACUGUCUGUGUCUCCUUUCUUCAGAAGAGACUCAGCCUAAGUAACUGCCUUGCCAUCUUUCGACUAGGUCUGAUGCUAGACUGUCCAAGGCUGGCCAUCUCGGCUCGUGACUUUGUUUGUGACCACUUCCAGCUGAUUGUGCAAGACCAAGACUUUCUGGAGCUGGGACCCAGUGAGCUUGCCGCCAUCAUCUCUUCAGACUCCCUCAAUGUGGAGAAUGAGGAGUUAGUUUUUGAAUCUCUUCUCAAGUGGGUGGAUCACAGCAAGGAAGCCAGGCUCAAGGAACUCUCAGACCUACUAGAUUGUGUCCGUUUCCGCUUAAUCCCCAUCAGCUACUUUCGUGAUAAGGUGGAGAAAAAUGAGAUGAUCAAGUCCAAUGCAGAGAUUGUUAAAAAGCUGCAACUAGUGAAGGAUGCAUAUAAUGGAAAGAUUCCUGAAGUAAAGAAAAGUGCUAUGAAAAAGACAGGAAAAGAAAAAGAGGCUCAAGAGGAUGAUGAACAAGAGAACUUGCUCACAGGAAUCCUAAAUGAUAGCAUGCGAUUUGGAAUGUUCCUCAGAGACCUGUUGUUCAUGAUUAGCUGCACGGGGGCAGUAGCCUAUGACCCUGCAGAAAAUGACUGCUACAUAGCGUCACUGUCUACCCAAAUUCCUAAAAACCACUGCAGCCUGGUAACUAAGGAAAACCAGAUCUUUGUGGCUGGAGGACUUUUUUACAAUGAGCAAAGCCAAGAGGAACCACUCAGUUCUUAUUUCUUACAGUUUGAUCCCAUAGGUUUGGACUGGCUAGGGAUGCCCCCCAUCCCCUCUGCCAGGUGCUUGUUCACUCUGGGUGAAGCUGAGAACUCCAUUUUUGUCAUCGGAGGCAAGGAGCUGAACGAGGGCGAAUGCGUUCUGAACUCGGUUAUGGUCUACGACAGACAGUCUUUUAAAUGGGGAGAGUCAGACCCUCUUCCUUACUCAGUCUACGGCCACGGGACAGUUUCUCACGACGGAAUGCUAUAUGUCAUAGGAGGAAAGAGUGAUGACAAAAAAUGUCUACGAAAAGUAUGGGCAUACAAAGCAAAGACGUGUGAGUGGAAAGAGCUAUCCCCACUGAAAAGGGCCCGCUGUCUCUUUGGUGUGGUUCUCUACAACAAUAGGAUCUAUGUGGCAGCAGGUGUCACUGACACGGGUCUCACAAACAGCAUUGAAGUUUAUGACAUUUCCAGCAACAUGUGGUCUGACUUUGUGGAGUUUCCUCAGGAGCGCAGCUCUCUCAGCCUGAUCACUGUGGGUGGUUCCUUGUACGCCGUGGGAGGUUUUGCCAUGAAACCUGACAAAUCCACUGAUGAGCUCAUCCCCACUGAAGUGACAGACAUCUGGAAGUUUGAUGACAGUGAGAGGAAGUGGAGCGGCAUCCUGAGAGACAUCCCUUACGCUUCCGGAGCCACUGUGCUGGGUGUGCGCCUCAACACCUUGCGCCUCACCAAAAUUUAAUGCCCCGCUGCGUGUUUGCAGAGAUGCACGAUCGCAAUAUCACACAAAGGAGAAUUUCGCAAUAUCGAGAGUGUAUAAUCCGCACGCCAGGAGCCCCGACCUCACAUGUGAAAAAAGUGACACAGCAAACUACAGAUAAUGCAAAUUCAUCUGAAAACUCCUCAGAAGACUUUGAUGCUGUCAUAUUUGUAUUAUCAUGUCAUCUGUGGCACGUUUGAAAGGAUUUCUUGAUUUUUUCAGAUUAGUAAUUGCCACGGGUGAAUAUGCAGCCCUGUAUAUUCCCCAACUGUUCUGACCUAGACCAUCCAAAUGCCCAUAUAUUAUGAGUAAUUUUUUGCCUAUUCACAUGAAUUCAUAUUAAGUGUUUUUUAUUUAAAGGGGGAGUGUGGUGGCACAGCGG